UCCACAAACAACAACAACGGACUCCAUGCAAACUACUCCACAAACAACAACAACAGACUCAAUGCAAACUACUCCACAAACAACAACAACAGACUCCAUGCAAACAGUAGGACAAACAGCAACAACGAAUACUUUACAAACAACGCCACCAAUUAUUAUAGUUAACGGACGUGCAUGCGACUCACUUUGCCUGGGACUCGCCAUCGGCCUUCCUUUAGGCUUGAUGUUGAUUGUUCUUGUCGUUGUGUGUUGUUGUUGUUGUCGAAACUCGAAUGGUUGUUGUGCUUGUUGCUGUGGUGGUGCAGGGGGCGACGACGAUGACGAAAAAGAAAGAGAGACUGACACUGCCCUAUGAAACUGCAAUGACGUCAUUUGCUUGUUUUUUAUGACGGCAUUAUUGCUACAUUAUGACGUAUUUUUAUUUUUAUGACGUCAGUUUUGCGCUUUUCUUAUCGCCCGAACACUCGUUCAGUGUUCCUUUUUUGUAUAUUUCGUCACUGUUAUAUGUUCAUUGUUAUAAGUAUGUUUCGAUCUUCCUCAACGACCUCAGCUCGGUUAAGUCGCUUAAGUUCGCUUCGUCGUUGUUGUAACUUCUUAAACCGGGACAAUUUAUCAUUAUCGUCGUCCAUUUCAGUAGUUUCAAAUAAGUUUUUUUAUUCAAAUGUACAGGUUCGAAUGAGAAGCCAAUAUUGCGCUAUUGUAACAAUGUGUAUUUCUACAAGUUGAACCGGGAUGUAUUGAGUUGGCAUGUCUUUUGUCAUUACCAACAAAAGCACAAUUACAAAGCAAUGAAAA